AUGGGGGAGCAGCAUCAAGUCCAUGUCUGGGAGAACACCUACAUCAUGGCGCCCAAGGAUGACGAGAAGAUGCUGCCGUCGAAAGUCACGGCAGUCAUCAAGAACGUCAUGGAAAGCUACCUGCAGGACAAGGAGUACGCCGUAGAGGACGCAAAAGCUUGGACGUUGGACUUGAGCAACGAGAUCAAGGCCUCGGUCAAGCAAGACUUGAACAUCCCCCGCUACAAGAUCAUCGUGCAGGUCGUCAUCGGUGAGCAAGCCUCGCAGGGUAUUCGAGUGGCUUCGAAGUGCCUUUGGGAUGUGAACUCAGACAACUGGGCGUCAUACACCUUCGAGAACCAGUUCGCAGCCAUGGGGGAGCAGCAUCAAGUCCAUGUCUGGGAGAACACCUACAUCAUGGCGCCCAAGGAUGACGAGAAGAUGCUGCCGUCGAAAGUCACGGCAGUCAUCAAGAACGUCAUGGAAAGCUACCUGCAGGACAAGGAGUAUGCCGUAGAGGAUGCCAAAGCCUGGACGUUGGAUUUGAGCAACGAGAUCAAGGCCUCAGUCAAGCAAGAUCUGAACAUCCCCCGCUACAAGAUCAUCGUGCAGGUAGUCAUCGGCGAACAAGCCUCGCAGGGUAUUCGCGUGGCUUCGAAGUGCCUGUGGGAUGUGAACUCGGACAACUGGGCGUCAUAUACCUUUGAGAACCAGUCGCUCUUCGCAGUCGGCAUGGUCUUCGGGUGCUACUACGAGUAG